CAAAAUUAUUUCAUUUUUUGUCCCUAAUAGCUCCCAAGUUCCCCAACAACAACAAGAUCGAAGCAGUUUAUAUCACACACGGACACACCUCACUUUGCUCCGAGAUCGAUCGAUCCUCUAGCUACCGCUACUCCUGGGGAAAGCAAAGCAAAGCAAAAGCCAGAGAGAGAGACGACUGAGAGACAAAAUAGAAAGGAGAAGAAAGGGAUCGAGGACCAUGUUCCCGUCGCCAGGGAGGACGGUGAUGGCGCUGGGCCACGGUGGCCAGCACAUGACCUCGUCGUCCACCGCCGGAGCCGCCGGCGGCAUGGCGGCCGCCUCGUCGUCGUCCACCCCCACCAUAACCUUCGCGUUCCAACCGUCCCCUCCGCCGACGAGCGGCCUCGCCCUCGCCCACCAUGGCGUGCUAGGUUACGGCUCCUCUUCCCUUCUCCUGGACCACCACCACCACCCAACAACCACCACCACCUCCUCGGCGGCCUCUUCCUCGCACGCGGCUUCGUCCAUCACCCUCCACCACCACCUCCAUGGCCAUGCAGCAGCAGCAGCGCCGCACGCUUCCCUUUCCCCUCCCACGAGGGCGUCGCCUCCUCCUCACCCAUGGUCGACGACGACGACGGCCUGCGAAGAAGCAGGAGGGCCGGCGCCGGCGCAUGAUCGCCAAGCAGGCCAACAAGGCGGGAGGCCGCCGAGGGGGAAGGGAGCUGCUGCGGUGAUCAGCGAGGGGUCGGCGGCGGCGGCGCUGGGGGUGGGCGCCGUGAGGAUGAAGAAGGCGGGCGGCGGCGGAGGAGGAGGAGGAGGGAAGGCGCGGCGGAAGGUGCGCGAGCCGCGGUUCUGCUUCAAGACGAUGAGCGACGUCGACGUGCUCGACGACGGCUACAAGUGGCGCAAGUACGGCCAGAAGGUCGUCAAGAACACGCAGCACCCAAGGAGCUACUACCGUUGCACGCAGGACAACUGUAGGGUGAAGAAGCGGGUGGAGCGGCUAGCUGAGGACCCUCGCAUGGUGAUCACCACCUACGAGGGCCGCCAUGUCCACUCCCCGUCCCGCGACGAUGACGACGACGCUGCGCGCGCCAACGCCGAGAUGAGCUUCAUCUGGUAGUAGCCUGCAAAUCCGGCCAUCUCAAUGUCAUCGUCGUCGUCGUCGCCAGUAAAGUUUCGCCAGCCAACCAGCACAGCUGAUCAAUCCUGAAUUAUAUAUCCAUCCAUGCAAUCAUCGUGUGUGUCUAGCCAUUGCAAAUGUUGAUCGCUGGUACGUAGGAUGUAAACUGCACAUGCUCCUACUGUUGUAGUUAAUUAGCUAAGUAGCGCGCAUCAAGGUUAUGGUGGACCAAAUAAUAUAUAUAGCUAGCUGAAACGUGUUCUUCUAGAAUUAGCAAUGUUUAUUGCACUGCCUAGUAAUACUUGCUACUUUAAAUUUAAAAGGUUAAUUAAUAAGUUUGUUGAUGAUAUGAUGCUAGGUUGUUCUUCCACCUUCACUAGUUAGGUUAAGGUGUCAUCAGUAGAUAUGGCCAUAUAUAUGGGUAUAUCUGCUGUGAGCAACUUGUGGAAUCUUCUGUGUAGAGGAUAGACAUCCUCGACAAUAUAUAUAAUAAUGUGUAUGAAUGUAUAAUGCCAUGAUGUAUGAUUUCUUUACCUUC